AUGUCGUUGUUUCCUUAUACACGUCUCGCCCUGGCAUCUGGGAAGGCCCUCAUAGUUUCUGGGCACCACUACCAUGUUUUGAAUGCGCAGGACGGCGAACUCGCCCAAUCCACAACACGGCUAGGAGAUGAUUUACAAACUGCUCUUGUGCAAUCAGGGCCUAUCCGAUGCACCGCUGUGGACUCUACGUUGACACAUGUAGCGACCACAGCAGACGACAAAAAGUUGAAAAUCUGGAGGGUGGAGACGCUAGAACUCCUGAAUGAGAGGGAGCUUCCGAAGAAGCCCACCGAAGUUGCAUUCACUCGCGACGGUCAGACGAUCGUCAUUAGCGAUAAGUUCGGCGACGUCUUCAGCUACCCCCUCUACCCCGAACAUACCCCCGAAGUACCCGCAUCGGAUAUAGGCGCUUCGAAGCGCGGCUCUCUCAACGCGCACGAAAACCCCUCCAACGGCACCCUCGUCCUCGGGCACGCAUCCCUCCUGACGACUUUUCUGCUCACACCUGAUGAGCGGUACAUUGUCACUGCCGAUCGCGACGAGCACAUCCGUGUGAGCUGGUAUCCCCAGGGGUACAAUAUCGAGCGGUACUGCCUUGGCCACGAAACAUAUGUAUCUGCCCUCCACAUCCCGUCAUUCAAGGAGUCAGCCCUUGUAUCCGGUGGUGGCGAUCCAAUGCUCAAGGUCUGGGACUGGAUGUCGGGGAGGCUGUUAGCGAACAUCUCCAUCUUCAACGUCGCGGAGCCGUACAUCAGAGUGCGGGCGCCGAAGAGGAAGCGCGGCUGGAGCGAGGGGGACGAAGAUGGAGAAACCGGCGAAGGCGCUCAACCGCAGAAGGGUAAGGGUAAGGGACGGAGGGGUCGUGGCAAGGGCAAAGGGAAGGUGAACCAGAACGCAGACGCUGGGGGGAAGGAGCGGGAGGCAUCUGGGACUCCCGCUGAGGAGCGGGGAGACCAGCCUAUGGCCGACGCAGACACGGGCGAGCCUGCAGACGAGAGCAACCGGCCGGCUGCUUCAGCUUCUGAGGAAACGGUGCUCGCCUUCGUUGUGUACAAGAUACAGUCCGUCGACCGCGGAGAACACGGACGAUUCAUUGUUUUCAGUGUCGUCGGGGCAUCGGCUCUGUUUUACACCCCGUUUCCCGAGGAGGGUGUAUUGGACCCGCCACCCGUACACGUGGUCGAGUUCCCCGUUCCUGUAGUAGACUUCACUGUCGGUCCUGACGGCGCUAUAUGGACAUUGCUUGACGCGGAGUGGGCGGGGGCGCAGUCGCUCUCGGAAAAGCCACAGUUCGUCCGACUGCUCACCUGGAACGAAAACACAACCGCACAGCUUUCUGAGUCGUCCGCCGAUUCUCCUCUACUCGACGCGUUGAACUCAAGAUGCCUCGUAUCGGCAACCCCCGAAGAGCUGAAGAAGCUCGACCUCUACUCCGACCUCUCCUCCUUGCCCAAAAACGUCGACCCUGACCACGAUGCGCUCAUCCGCGACACGCUGUCUGAAGCUGCGGCCUUCGACCCCGACGCGGCGGACGGGAGGAAGCUCACGCUGCGCGAGCUCGGGCGGCUGAAGAAGAAGAAGGCCCUGCUUGCGAAGAUCCAGGAGCGCGAGGAGGGCGCAAAGCGCGCGAGUCGUGAGGGCUCGGAGGCGGUGAGCGAGAGGGAGGUCAAGAGGGCGAGGUCCGAGAGCGAGAGUGGGACCGCAGUCGAUGAGAAGGCUGGUGAUGUUCACGGUGGUGACGGUAACGAAUUUACGGAGGGACGAGAUGAUGUACGGGACGUCGAAAUAGCUGCGUCGUGA